AUGAAGAUCCUCCUCAUCUUCUUCACUUUCUACCUGAUCUCAGGUGCAGUGAAAGACAUUGAUGUGACUGGAUAUUCUGGAAGAAGCAUUCUUGUUGAUUCACAUGAGUCUUGGUUCAAUUCUUCUGCUAAACACAUGAGUAAGUUACCUGGGUGGAGAAUAAUUAUGUUUGAUAAGAGACAUGAAAAAUGGAUUAAUGAAGGACGAUUCACAUUGUUUAAAAACAAUGAAGACAAACUUAUGAUCUACAUCAGAGAUUUAAAUCAACAUGAUGCUGGAAGAUACCAGAUUAGCGUUGAAGGCAAAUGGUCCAUCGAUAUGACUUUGAAAGUGGAAGAAGAAAUAUGUUGUAAAAUGUCGAAGAGAGUAAUGGUGAAGAUUGGAGAAACUGCCACCUUCAGCUGUGAAUAUUCGUACAGUCAUAUUAAUAACUACAAAAUCAUAUUCAAAGAAGGAAGAGACACCAUUGACACGAUCUACAGCAGAAGGAAUAAAACAGAAAGAUUCAGUGUUUCAGAUGACAAACAUAAAAACAUCUUCAGUGUGAGAACCACUGCUGUGACAGCAGAUGAUGGAGGAGUUUAUUUGUGUGGAGUUUGGAUCAACAGACACUCGUACAGUUACUCCAUUAUUACUACAGUUUACCUGCACAUUAUGGAUGUAGUGGGCGUGUCUAGAGUGAGCGGCUACUCAGGAGGUCGUCUGAUGAUCAAGUGUGAACAUCUUCAAUACAAAACCAAACCAAAAUACAUCUGUAAAGAAUCAGACGGAUGUUCGAAUAAAUGGAUGGAGAAUGGAGAUGUUUCUUUAUAUGACGACACCAGAGCAGGAGUCUUGAUGGUGUUUUUUAGAGAGCUGAAAGCUGCAGAUGCAGGAACAUACAGGUGUGGAGUGAAAGUAUCUCAGUAUACUGAGAGCUUCACUCAACUACAGCUGAGCGUCAAACACGAUGCAAAAUAUCCAAUGGAUGUGACUAAAACUGCUCAUCUUGGUGAAGUCAACAUCACCUGUCAGAUCCCAGAGAAAAAUACAGUUCAUUUCUGCAAAGAGGAAGAUAAUCACAUCUGCCAGAACAUCGGCUCAUCUGAAGUGACACAAAUGAGUGGUUCAUCUGAGAGAAAUGAAGAGAGAGUUGUUACAGUGAGCAUCAGUAAUGUGAGCGUGAGAGAUGCUGGAGUUUACUGGUGCGGAGCAGAAACCAGAGACACAUAUCUGACUUUCAUCUCCCUGACCACUAAAAUUCAGCUCAACCUCAUCAUGGCACCAGUAGUGAGACGUGAAGGAGAAUCUGCUGAGAUCUUCUGCCCUUAUGAUUCAAUCUAUAAAUCAAAGCCAAAGUCUCUCUGUAAGGGGAAGUGCUCCACUAGAGACAGAAAUCCUCUCAGUGAGACUGUGAGAGAAGAGAAAGAGACCAAGACUGACAGAUUGACUCUGAAAGAUGACGUCACUGCAAGUGUCUUCACUGGGAGCAUCACUGCACUGACAGCAGAGGAUGCUGGGAAAUACUGGUGUGCAGUGACAUUAGAAACAGAGCUCAGUUAUCUUCACACUCAUCUGAUCGUCAUCAUGAACGAGGGUGAGGAAGGUUUAUUCAUCUGA